AAUUCAUUUUUCAGAACCCUGCCUUCGUCCUCCGGAAUCGUUCUCGUCAAGCGUAUAAACCAGCUAAAGAAGUCAGAGUUCAACCUGUUUCAUUUCACGGGUUAAUAUUUAUAUCCGAGGCCUUUCGAUAGCUUCAGACCAACCACUUAUGUAAAAGGUGGGAACAUGUUACAUCUAUUGGUAGAGGGAGUGUUCCAUUAUUUUUCAAGGGUAGCGUGGUAACGGUACUAUUCAGUGAUGUUUCGUUGCUUUAUUGGUUUAGACAUUACGCGUGUGAUUGUUGUUAAGGAAACGACAUUAAUAACUUUACCUCGAGUUUACUUGAGUCGACUGGUUCGUACAGAAUACAAUCAUUUUAUUAAACAAGUCUAGGACGCCAUCGUGUGGCCACAAAACGCCAAUCUGAUAAGUAGAUGGUCGCACUGAUGCGAGGCACUCUGGGAAAUGUAGUACUGAUGGUAGUAAAAUUUUAUCCUCAUCCUUUUCCUCAAAGAUUUCUAAAAAAUCAACAACAAAAUGCUUAAAACAGUUUUUUCAAAGUCGUGCCAUUUCAAUCGAAAGAGCGGAAAAGACAUUUAAAAAUUAACAAUUCCUAGUAUCAGGACACGUAUGAACUACAACUACCAUAAUCGUAGAGCUUUUUGUUUAUGCUGUCGACAGUGGAUGACAUCCGCUGCAACGGUUUGGGAAGGCAACGACGCUGGUGGAUUAUAGGGUUUCUUUGUGCUUUUUCCGUAUAGCGAACGAAAAUUUUGUUUGGUAUUCGGUAGUAUUUAAUUCAUGUCUUUUGGGGAACACUACAAAAGUUUUCUUGACAGCUGUUUAUAGUUGUCGCAGUCCGCCGACUAUCGCUGAAUCGGAGUCGGGAUGCAAAUUGAUCCAGACGGGACCAGCCCCUGGAGCCGGUAGCAGUUGUCAGUCACACCCCUGUCUGGACUUGCUAAAGCACCUGUGUUUAUUGGGAGAAAAAAAACAUGAGAACGAUAUCAUAUCUUUAACCAUUCGUGUUCUUUUAUUAUAGUAUAAGAAUCAGCGUUAACGCUUUUAAGAGACGUAGCUGAGAGAAAAGUGUAGGCUGUAUAUGACUGAGUCAUCAUCAUGGCUCGGACAGAGGAGAUAACCCUGAACAGCAUUUCUGCGGCAGUGUCAACGAGAUAGCCUCACAUCUAACUGGAAAGCUUAGUUUAAAACACAAUCAGUCGUUUUGAUCUUACUUCACCUUGUAGCAAGCUGGCAUUAUGACUUCACCGAUGUACACGUUUGUGACGCGUGACGACAACAGCACGAUUUAUGCCGAAGUUUCCAAAAUCCUCAUCACGACUGGACAGUGGAAGAAACUCAAAAGAGACAACCCCAGAUUCAACCUCAUCCUUGGUGAACGGAAUAGACUGCCAUUUGGACGUCUCGGUAAAUGAUUUUAUUUUUUGUUUCAUACAAUUGUGACUGCUGACACAAAAGUCCAUGUUUGUAGUGUUUGUUUGACACACACUCAGUUGUGUGCAUGAACUGCCUGUUCUUACACCUGCUUCAAUGGUUUUCUUGUCUUUUUGUCAUACAAGUCAAUCAGUCAAAGUAUUAUGACCACCAUGCUAACAUCAUGCAGGCCGCUCUCUUAUAUCCUCCCUCUCAUUGGGUCAGGACCAUAAAAAUCCUGACCUGAAGAGACAUGACCUCCACUACACCUCUGAGGUUAUGCUGUGGUAUCUAGCACUAAAACUUAAGCAGCAGAUCCAUUAAGUCCUGGAAUUUGGGAAGAGGGGUCAUCCAUGGAUCACACCUAGUUGUCCACAACCUCCCACAGAUGCUUGGUUAUAUUUAAAUCUGUAAAAUUUUAAAACCAAGUCAGCACUUUAAUCUCAGAGUUUACAGUGGGCACAGUUUGCAGAUACACAACCCAAUGCACAAUAAGCAGUGAUGAACAGUGUGUUUUGACACCUUUCUGCCAGAACCAGCAGUUUGAGCUCCAGUAGCUCUAUUGUCAGACCACAGGGGUCAGCCUUUUCUCUCUACACACAUUAGCAUGUCUUGGCCGCCCAUGACCCCUUCCUUGGUCCACUGGUUUUCUUCCUGAGACCAUUUUUGGUAGAUACUGACUGAAUCCUUGUCAUCUAACCACCCAUGUUAAAGGUGGCUCACAUACUUACUCUUGACCAUUUUUUCCUGCUUCCAACACAUGAAUUUUAAGGACAGUGUUCAGCUGCUUCCUAACAUGUCCCGCAUAUCCCUACUGACCAAUGUACCAGGAUUAUCAAUUAUGGUGUAUCUUUAUUAAUCAGCAGUGGUCAUAAAAUAUGAUUGGUCAAUGGAAGGCUCUCAUACUGUGCAGAUGUGUGUAUCUUGAGUCCUUAAUAAUGUUCCCCCUGGACUUUCUAGGUCAUGAGCCUGGAUUAGUGCAGCUGGUGAAUUACUACAGAGGAGCAGACAAGCUUUGCAGAAAGGCAUCCUUGGUCAAGUAUGUUAAUCUUAUUUUUGACAUAUACUUCUAACAUAUUAAGCUUUUGUUUGCCUGUCAUUCAUGUUACUAAUGACCUUUUCUGUGACUGAAUUGUUUAAAACUACUGAUCAUUUACCUUUAGGCUUAUAAAGACCAGCCCAGAGCUGUCAGACUCUCAGAACUGGUUCCCGGAGUCCUACAUUAUCUAUCCCACCAACCUCAACACUCCUGUUGCUCCAGCUACUAAUGGCAUUAGUCAUCUGAAGAGCAACCCCAAGACGGAUGAACGGGAAGUGUUCUUGGCCUCCUAUCAGUCUAAAAAGGAAAGUGGGGAAGGCACUGUAUGGAUCGCAAAGUCUUCUGCUGGAGCUAAAGGUAAAAGUUACUAUCCUUUUAUCUUGUUUAAAUUCAAGAUACAAGAGUAAUGGAGUUGACUAUUUACUUUCAGUAACUUAAACUCAAAUCAAGAAGACACAUUAUUCUUUCUGAGCUGUAUUGAGGCUCUGUCGAAGGCAAACAUAUCCUUUAGGUGAGAAUGAAGUUACAGUGUGUAAAAAUGGAAAUAUGUUUAGACUGAAACACUCCCCUAGCUCACUUCUGACAUCUGUGAAGCUACAGGGGCCUGGGAGGACAAGACGCUCCCGAGAUAUAUAAUAAAUGUGAUCCUCUAUCUGUCAAGUUUUAAUCACCAAAAAUUAAUGUAUUAAUACAAGUUCUUUUGUGCACAACAGCAACCACCCUCUCUAUCUUCCAAGUCCUUCAACCGUUACAUUGCAAUCGGCCCCUCAGUUGAUAAAAAAUCACAUGUCUAUCCAGUUUGCCCAUUUUCUGCUAUAGAAGAAACGUGGUAGUGCAAAGAGGCCACCUCUAUGAAAAGGGGGUUCCCUCUUUUGUUGAUAUGAAAAGCUAAUUUUAAAUGAACAAUGACAAAAUGUUUUUGAUCUUUAAGGGAUUAUGCUUGUGAACAAACACAAUUAUGAACCGUAUUUUCCAAUUCUAUACACUGUAAUAGUGCGUUUGUACUUUUUUGGAAUCAUUGCUCAUAGAGUUAUAAGUUUUGUGUAGUGAGUGUAAUAGAUGAUAUCAGUAGUUUGAUUUUGUGCAACAGGUGCUGGCAUUUUGAUAUCCCAUGAUGCUAAUCAGCUGCUGGAACACAUAGAUAAUCAGGGACAGGUUCACGUUAUUCAGAAGUACCUGGAGAAACCUCUGCUUCUGGAGCCAGGGCAACGGAAGUUUGACAUAAGGUAAGUCUUAACAAUUUUGUCUGCGCCACUAACUGUAUAUGAGUAUGGACAACAUGCCUCCACCAUUGUAAGAGGGGAAACCAAAAUACAGCCUCAGCUGACACCCGUUCAGCUGAUAAAGACACAUUUUAAAACUCACUGAUAUGAUGUCAAAGACCCCCUUAGGGCUGUAUCGUCCACAGCAGAGCGGAUUGUUGUGUAGAAUUGAGGCAGACACUCAUAGUUAUUGAAAUCCCAAGGACUCUUGUGUUAGUGUCUGUUGUCUUUUCUCCCUACUCUCUUUCUUUACUCUGCUGAUCCGGUGAAGAACCCUGCAGGAGCCUGAACUUGCAAACAGAGCUAUCAGUCAUUACACAACAUCCUCUCUACAAAAUAUCAGAUUCAAAAGUGAAAUUCUUCAAACAAAACAAAAAUGACGUUUGCAUAUUAAACAAAAUGAUAAAAACUGACUACAAUAAAAGAAAGCAUGUUUUAGAAUAUGUGUUUAUACCAUACUGGAGGAGGAAGGCUUUGAGACAUGUACUGCAGCUUGUCACCAGGGGAUCUCUAAAAAUUUUGGUUAAGACUUCGGUUGUUGUUUUUUAUACAGUGAUUAGAGCACUUGAACUAAAGCUGAUUUUGUAUUGACAGGAGCUGGGUGCUCGUGGACCAUCAGUACAACAUCUAUCUAUACCGGGAAGGUGUACUGCGCACCUCUUCAGAGCCCUACAACAGCUCUGACCUCCAGGACAUGACCAGCCAUUUGACCAAUCACUGCAUCCAGAAGGAGCACUCCCAAAACUACGGACGCUACGAGGAGGGGAAUGAGAUGUUCUUUGACGAAUUCCGACUGUACUUGCUGAACACACACAACGUCACCCUGGAGGCCACCAUAUUACCUCAGAUCAAACAAAUCAUAAAGUAGGUCCUGCUCGAGUUUAAAACUGUCUUCAUGUGUGGAUCUUAUUUAGAAGACAGUUGAACAUGUUUAUUUAUCAUUGUGGAGUUAAUUCAGACAAUAUCAGAGCACAACACACUUUAAACACAACAUUCGUACAUUUGUGUGGUCAAAGAUUCUGAAAAAAUUGGACAGAGUACACACAAUCAUAACUUUCUUCAUCAUAUUUCCUCAAGCUCAAUAUUUGACUUUUAGAGAUAACAAUGGAGAGGAAAUGUGAUGUUUUUGCUUGAAGGUUCAUGUUAAAAGCACUGACAUGUUCAUUACUCUACCGUUAAAAGGUAUUGUCUCUCUGGAGCUUUAAAAAGAUUGUGAGUGAACAACAAAAACUUUUUAAAUAGGUGAAAAACACAGGAACCCUUCUUUUGAGAAAUGGUUUAUUUUAACAGACCUCUGUUACAUUAUAACCUGAAUGCUGGAAGAGCUGGGAUGCUAAAAUGUUGAUCAAAACAGAAUUUGAGGGUUUGCAAUUGUAAGCCUACAAUUAGGGGUGUCCCGAUACAACUUGUUAACUUCCGAUACAAUACCGAUAUUGUAGCCUUCAGUUUGGCCAAUACCAAGAUUGAUUCGAUAUUGGCACAAACUUGUGCAUGACAAGUUUCGCACUUAGCUGCAACAUCUUUUUCGGACUUAAAUGAAAAAUACUGCCACACGGCUGAAAUCACUCUUACUCCUUACUACUUUGGUAGUACUUUAGUACACACUGUUGUUGUGACUACCUGGGCUCUGCAUGCCGGAUCUGGGUGCGGCUAGCUAGAGGUGCCAGAGUGGAAUCUAGAAUGGACUGCUUGUAUCGGAGUGCUGAUAUCGGAGAUUUCAGAUGCAGGCUGAUAUAAUCCGAUUAUCCGAUAAUCGUUUUUUUGCUGAUAUCAGACCGAUAUCUGAUAUCAAUAUCGGAUUGGGACAUUCCUACCUACAAUUAAGUGCAAAGACAACAAAUCAUAUGUUGAAGCUGCAGCAUGUCAAAGUUUUUUGAAUAAUAUACCUGUACCUAAAGCACAUUUAAAGUAGCUGUUACAGAGACAACCUAACAGAGAAAAGUUGUGUUAUUAAAAAACACUCCUGGAGAAACAUCUCCAAACUGAUGAUGACAUUCAUUUACAACAGGUUAGUCAUAUGACUGGGUAUGUUUUAGAGGGGCCUGACUGAAUCACUCAGAAGUAAAGCUGGGAAAUUUGACAAUCCACAUACAUGUUCCUCAGCCCAAGUGUGAAGACUCUGGGGAUUUCAUCAUCUGCAGUACUUCAUAUUAUAAAAAGAUUCAGAGAGUCUAGAGAAAUCUCUGUAAAAAAGGAGCAAGCCAGUGAGUAAUGCUGGAUGAUUGUCAUCUUUCAAACCCUCAGGUAGCUCUGCAUUAAAAAACAUUGUGUUUGGCAUGUAGGCUCUCACCUUAUCACUCGUGGCAGUUUUACUUUCAUAGGCAGAAAUUGAGGAGUGAUAAAAUAAUGUCUUUAGCCCCUCAGUCAGAGGGGCCUGCAGGUGGAUGGUGGGGCUGAAAGUGCAGCCCAUGAGCAUGGCAGCUGAGGCUGGGACCUUGCAGCCUCAGAUGGAUACUUGGAGGAUGUAUUUAUUUUGUUAUUGUAACAUAUGCAUAUCAAGUGAGAAAACAGUGCAAAUGUUUGAAAAGGGUUACACAGCAUUCUAACUCUUAUGGAAAUGGAGCUGUAAAUUGUUAUAGAGACAUAUUAAAGUGAGCUAGUCCUUAAAGGAAAUGUUCUCUAUUAAUGGCAUUAAAUGUGAAGUUGUUAUAGUAUUUAAAACCAGCAGCCAGGUCUGAUGAAACUGUUUUGAUGUCUGCUUUAACAGGACCUCUCUGUCGUGUAUUGAGCCGACAAUCAGCACCAAGCACCUGUCCUACCAGAGUUUCCAGCUCUUUGGAUUUGAUUUCAUGGUGGACCAGAGCUUUAAAGUGUGGCUCAUUGAGAUCAACGGGGCUCCAGCCUGUGCACAGUCAGUAACCUUCAGCUGAGUAAUGGGGAAACUGUAACAUGACAUUCAUCCUUUACAUUUUGACAUGGUUUUGACCUUUUUUUUUCUUCGCUGUUUUUGAACAUCCUUUGUUCAAUCCACAUCUUACCUGUCAUUUUGUCUUAUUUUUUUUGAGAGUAAAAGUUUUUAAUUUUCUUGAAUUCUUCAUAUUCAAGAAAAGGUGACCACUAUUGAAAUACUUAAAAUAGAGAUUUCUUCCCUCAUGACUCACAAAGUUGUAAAAUGCAAAGGUGUCAUUCAUUUUAAAUACCUGAGGAAGAUGUAAUAUAAUAUCAGUUUUCUGAAGACUUUUAAUUAUAUAGAAUUCUAUGGUUAUCAGCUGACUCGUGUUAUUUCCCUCUCUCCUCCAGGAAACUGUAUUCAGAGCUAUGUCAAGGUAUUGUGGAUGUGGCCGUCUCCAGUGUCUUUCCUCUCAAUAGUGGCUGUGACUCAUCAUCUGCUUCCUCUUCACCUUAUUCCUCCUCCCCAUCCUCCACCUUCACCACCAACUCCUGCUCGUCACCUAAGCUGAGAGGUCCCCUUCACGUGGGCCCUUUUACUCGACUGUAAGCGCACAAAUAUUCUCCUCAUCUUGUCCUUGUUAAAAAGCUUUUCCCACACUGUCCCCAUUCCUAAACUCCACCCAAGAAGUAGCACAUGUCAGCCAACCAAGUCUUGAUGUACAGCCCGUCCUUUGAAGGGAGUCAGUGAACUGCAUAAAGUCUCUCUGUAGUCAUGGUGUAAUUGUGAGGAUGGUUAUGCAUUGAUAACCAAACUAUUUUGGGGGUUUCUGAAUGAGGACAGAUGCUGUUCCUUCUUAAAUACGUCACUGUUCCCCGAGCAGAUCAGUGAAGGUCUAAAGGAUGCAGAGACACUCGGACUGAGACUGUAGUGCCUUACAUUUCCUGCCACGCUCCCUUAAAAAGAAUGCUACUUAGCAUACUCUUUUUUGUGACUUAUACUUACCUAUAAGCCUUUGCACUGUUGCUCAAAAAGGACAAGGCGGUUAUGGUCCAUUAGCAUCGAGCAGAUUGUUGGUAUUUAAGGUCUGGUAGAUUUCUGGGUUGUUGUUUUUUUCUAAAUUCUUUUUCUUGUCAUGUUUUUUUAAGCCACUGUUUGCAGCCAUUUGUUUUGGAAAGAAUGUCAACUGUUAGAUGGAAGCUAUGAGGUAGCCAUGUUUAAAUUAAAGGGACAAUUCAACCCAAACAAAACAUACGUGAACAGUCUGCUUGGAAAUCCAGUGCUUUUACUUGCCAUUAGAAAGCCUGUAGUCCAUUAACAACAUGGACUAAUGUUAUUAAUGUGUGACUGCACUUUACUCAGACUGUUCUCAAAAACCACACAGAUGUAUUCUUCCCUCUGCAGCACUCUGGUAGGUUCUGUAAGGGAUGAGUCACUUAUAUAUUGUGACGUUAAUGAAUUUGUGUUGAAGUUUGAAAUCAUGUUUAGCACCCAAUGCUGAACAUUAUUUGGCAGACACAGAAAUAACUGAAGGUGAGUAAGUCAAAAUGUGAAACUCUCCAAACAGCUUACACAGUGUAUUAUUUUAAUAGGUCAACAUAUACAGACCAUGGGCUGUGUCAUUAUGCAGUGAAAACAAGUCCAGCCAAUACAUUAACGAUUAUGAAAAGUGGAAAGAUACAGAUACUGUAUUGAGUGAUAGACUGCUAAAUAUGGCUGAUAUUGCUGUCAAUACCAAUACAAUACAAUACAAUAUGAAACCACCGGUCAAUGACUGACUGUUAAAUUUGAUAUGUUAUGAUGAUGAUGUGAUAUCACUUAGAAAAGAUGAGUAUGAAAUUGGCCAGGUAAAGGGCAGAUUCUGACAAAAUGUUAAUAAUAGGCCAGAUUAAUCAUCUUCAGUAAGAACAAUCAGAGAUGAAAGCUUAUCUUAAAGACACACCUCCAUUCAGCAUUUCUGGUUCUGUGAUUUAACUUGUAAAAUUUAAGAAGAAAGUGGGUAAAACAGCCUCAUUCAGUGAGGUAGUCUCUGUCUGUAUGGGGUUGAUAGUCUGGCUUAUGUGCUGCUUUUUCCUUGGCCAGUUUCUCAACAAAAAGGGCCAAGCUGAUCAGUGUCCCUGUAUGUGAGACAUUUGCUAUUGACAAGUACCUCAUACAGCCCUACAUCAUAAAACCUGCCUUAUUAAUUCAAUAUGUCUGAUGAAAUAACCUUGGAGGCUAGCCUUGAAGUUAACGUUACUCUUAGUUUGAUCCUGUGGAAACAACAUAAUCAGCACAGAGAAGGAGAGCGUCCAUCAUGUGAUAAACUAAGGUGAAGGUCUAUCCCUACAAGCUCCCCUGUCAGGUUCCUGAGCUCUGUGUGGAGAGGAAAACCAGAACCCUAAUAACCAGAUCGUGAAUGAAGCAUUAGCUCUUUAUUCUGAUUGAGGACAUUGUGGUAUUUUAAUAAAUUAAUUCGGAGAGCAUGUUUGAUCAAAAGCAUGUUGUAGUACGAAUCCUAGUACGAGCCCCUUCUGCACCAUUUGCCUUAGUUUGUAAAGAGCCGCCCUAAUGUCUCUCUGUGUUAUACAGAUAUAUGGAAAGUAGAAAAGUGAUGUUUUUUACGGUGUCCGACGUGCUGAUUAUGUUUUUGAACUGUUAAAAUAAAAGUAGACUGUAUAAAGUGUUAUUGUUUAUGAAUCAAGACCCCAUGAGUCCUCAAUGAUUGAUCUUGAAUAAGAUGAAAGAACAAAUGAAACAGUCAUAAUUAAAAAAGAGUGCAUAUGUAAAGCUUAAUCAGAACAAUCAUCAUGCACAGAGCAGGUCUGAACCCUGAUAAUAAUGCAAUGGUAAUGGUAAUUAAUAAUACAAUGGUUUAGUGUCAUAUGUGAGUCAUACAGAUACAGGUCUUCUUCCUAUCACUGCCCCGUCUUCAGUCACUGCUGGUGUUUACUCGUGUCACUGUUCGACACGCUCUCCAAAUUCUUGAUUUUGAAUUUUACUGAUGAAUAUUGAUUUUGUUUCAUGGGGUCCUUCAGUUAAUUUAUUACUUUAACUUUUACUUUGCUUGUGAAUAGUUGACGCUUAUGAAGAAAUAUUCAAAAAGACUUGUGUCCAAACUGGUUUAUGUAACUGUUUCAACUAUUUGUUGGGAAAAAAGAAAAAAAAGUUCUCCCAUAGAAAUGGGUCUUCUAACUGUGUCAGCAUCGAUCAGUUGCAUGUUUGGUAGUCAUUCAACCUUUGUGUGUCUAGGGCUCAUUAAUAUGAAGAAUGCUUUUUUUAUGGGUUUUAAAUGCUGUUUCUCUCAUGUAUUUGAAUCCUUGCUGUUCCUCUGUUUUAAAACGUAUGUUAUUUUGCUUUCUGUGUCUUAAUCUACAUCAGUUGGGGGACAACAUCAGAGGAUUCAUUUCAGUUUUUGAGAGUCUCAUGUUUUGUUUUGUUUUUUUGUUUGUUUGUUUUAUUACCAGAUUACUCUGGGAAAUGAAGGAUAUGCAAGUGACAAAAGAUCAAACAGAUGCAGGUUACACUAACAAAAUCAUGUUUUGCUGACAGAAUAAUGUAGAUGAAUCCCUAUUACUGAAAACAGACUAAGAAUAUAUUUAUGAGAUGUGUUACAGGUGUGGAAUUGACAUUAGAAGAUAUAUGUGAUUAGAACUGGGUCAUUAUGUCUGUCCAGGUAAAUAGGCCACAGUACUUUGCAGAUUUUUUUGAAAGUCUGAAAAUAAAGCUCAACAUUUGUUUCUCUGAAUUGUUUGGAUCAUGUCUUUCCAUUAAAGGGAUGGGUGCCUUAGAGGAAAUUGCAUAUUGAUAACAGGAAGCAAUGAACCUCCAGCAUUUCAAUGCACCUUUAAUCGUCUAACCUAAAGGGAAUUAGCGUCAUUCUCUGUCUCUCUCUCCUGAACCGAUGUCAUUUCCUUUUAUUCAGAGUUAUUUGCACACCUGACUUGAUUUCACAGUUUGUCAGUGUUCCUUAUCUUUACCAAAGACCAAAUCCAUGCUGUAUUAUCAUCGUCCAUCCUCAGUGUUUGAGUGGCUUUUAUCUGUACUUUCUGCAUUAACUGUAUAACAAAGCAAGAAUAACAUUUAGAGGGAUGUCCGUGCUGUGUUUUUGUAGCUGAUGUUUUUCCAAUGUCUUGCAUGAACAUUUGUGUUUACCAGAAACAGUAAUACAAGAAUAAAAAAUGACCAUCACCAAGCCUCUGUUGUGGAUUCUUGAUUUUGAACCUGG